UUGGCUGUACUGCGGAUUUUCUAUUGCCGAAAAAUUACUAAAUAUUUUUUUACAAAUGCAUUUAAAAAUGUUUUGAUCGUAUCUUAUUUAGUAGUAGUGGCUAAAGGAUUAUAAAUAAUAAUGGAAGUUGCAACGUCUAAGGCUCAACACCAUGGAGUGGUGUUGGGAUUCCUUGGUGCAUGCAACGCAGCUUCUUUAUUUGCAGCUCUGCAGCUCGUCUGCCAUCUUGAUCCAGAAGACAGUAUAUCAAAGACGCGCGGUGGUGCACUUACCCUCUUGGGCUUCGUGUAUUUCAUGACGCUGUUCGAGCUGUUCAACGUGGCGGCUCUGUUCACGGGACUAGGGGAACGGUUCCGGAACAAGUAUAGAUUGAGUUCAGGAGACGUACUAGAUAUUACUAAUAAGCUAGUCUCAGCAGUGCAAGCAGCAUUCUGUUGCGCUGCGGGUGCAGUGGUGUGCCUCUGGUCGUGUACACGGGACCUGGUUCGAACCUCGCACUAUAUAUCCGAGGCGUACGCCUGGUUCGGGGCAGCUUACUUCUUUUAUGACAUAUGGUCUAUGUAUAUGGUAUACGUGCACAUGACGACCAACAUAGGCUACCACUGGCGUCUGACCAAGGACCGGUCCCUUGCAGCGGGCGACUCGCCCUCCAAGCCCUCCUUCCUCACGUACUGCAGACACGAGCCCGUUAUAUUGAUGCACCAUCUGUUUAUUGGCAGCUUCGGCUUUUUGGUUAUUGUGUACUUCCGCGGAGGUCUAGGUGACUGCAUAUUCGGUUUCGUAUACCUCAUGGAGCUAUCCACCCCGUUCGUGUCUCUGCGGGGCAUUUUGUCCCGACUUCGACUGAAGAAAACAAGGCUAUACGUGUUCAACGGCCUGGCGAUGCUUGCGUCGUUCUUGCUGUGCAGAGUUCUGAGUCUUCCCUACGUGUUCCUUUUGUAUAGCCGCGCGAAGGGUGUCACGUAUUUGGAGGCAAUAAGCUCUCUACCAACAGGUUGCAAGGUGUCCAUAUGCAUCCUGCUCCUACCUCAACUAUACUGGUUCUGCCUCAUGGCGUCGGGCGCUUUGAAACUGUUCACCGGCAAAGCUAAGCAGAGUUGAUGGAUGUAUGUUUGUAUGUGUGGUCCUUCGAGUCUUGUGUGUGGCUAUGAUUUUGUUACAUUGACGUACAACUAAUAUCUAAACCAAAAUGUCGUUAAAUAUUGACGUAAUAGACUCAAUCAAAAGGUCAUAAAUGUUCGAGUGGCUUGGUAAUUGAGACCUUAUUUCAUGCUAGUAAAGUUCAAAGUAUGUUUAUUUCCUUUGCUUUCUUUAAUAAGUAAUUAACCUUAUUUCCUAUCGGUAAAGUUCAAAUUGUACUGUAUUAAUCGCGGCGUUGUUUGAAACAUAAAUUGUAAUUUAGACCUUAUGCGAUGACAGUAAAGUUCAAAUUCUAUUGUAUGCAUCGUCCGUGGUGUUGUAUGAAACAUUCAUUGUGAUAUACUUUAUUUCAUGGCAGUAAAGUUGAAAGUCUAUUUAUUUACUCUUCUUUCUGUCUCUAAUGUAUCGCCCUUUGAGUCGUAUAAAACUGUUAUUGUAAUUUACGCCUUAUUUCGUAGAAAUAAGGUUGAAAAUUCUAUAAUCUAUCCCGCGGUGUUGUAUAAAACAUUCAUUGUAAUUGAUACCUUAUUUCAUGGCAGUAAAGUUCAUAGUCUAUAUAUUUUUUCUUUUCUUUCUUUAUUGUAUCGCCCACCGCGUUGUAUAAAAGGUAUUGUAAUUUACACCUUAUUUCCCAGGAAAUAAAGUUCAAAUUCUUUUGUACAGCCUGCGAUGUUGUUUUAAAAUAUGCAUUGUAAUUUACACCUUAUUUCGUUGCAGUAAUGUUCAAAGUAUAUUGUAUCGCUAUUGAGUUUAGUUGUUUUUUGUACGUCAAUGUUAUGGUUUUUGACAGCUGUAUUGGUGUAUGUAAUAAUUAUUUUUUAUCUGUUACAAUCUAUAUUGUGUUUUUUUUAUUGAAAACUUAUGGCUAAUCUUGUGACUAUCUUCAAUAUUUGUGCGGUUUUCUUGUAUAAUUUAGAGACUUUGAAAUGUUUAAUUUCUUUGCACUUUAUUAGAAAAAGUACUGUUUAUUUUGUUAUUUUUUUUCAUCGACAAAUAUUUGUUUAUAGAAAUUGUUCUUAAAUGGUUGAAUGACAUUGUCAAAUUGAUAUCCAUGAUAUUUGGAAAUAUUCUUCUGUUAAGGUUUUCAAACUUCUUACAUAUUAUAUUAUCUUUAUUCAUGACCUAAGAUUAUCCUCAUUAAUAUGUAUAGACAACAGAGUAAUCAGUUUUUUUGUGACCUUAAAGAGAAAAACAUAAUGUUAAAAAAAAUUUUUUUUCACCAACGAUUGACCAUCGUCCACAUUAUGACAUUUAUGUGUUUUAUUUUAUUUAAAAGCACAAAUCUAUAUUAUCAAAAUAGAUACAUCUGAAAAUUAUAUACCAGUUGGUUAUUCUAGUGUUCAAUUUAAGGCCUGUUCCAACUACAGCGAUUUACGGCACGCGAUUAAAUCUCUUACGUAGUAUAUUAUAGAGACUAUAAUGGCGUACCGAGUUUGAACAGGUCUAUAGUGGACAUACAUUUAGGACACAUCACGAGUUAUAGAUCUAUUUAAUAUGUUAAGGGUCCGUUCACACAGACCGGCUCGGAGAGCAUCGGCGCGCAUUUUUAUUUUCACACUUAAUGUCAAAAGCAGUGCACACGCAAAAAUAAACCUUACUAAAAACUCUGUUUUCAUCAUGAUAAGAAUCUGCUCUCCUCUCCGAGCCGGUCGGUGUAAACGGACCCUAAAGCUCCGUUUAAAGGCGGUUUUUUAUAUUGCUAGUUUAUAGAAGUAAAAUACUUAUUUGGGUUACCAUAUGCAUCUUUCCUCCCUCAAAUAAAGUUCUCAUUUGAUGUAUUAAUAAUAUAUUUUAAUCGAGCUUGAAUAUAAUCCCGAAAAGUUAGACUAUUUAUGAAUAUGUGUUUCUAUUUCUAUACACCUUCAAGAGAUUUCUUUACGAUGUAAUGUCCUUACAUUGUCUUUACUAAUAUUUCCUAGGUUUGCAACUAUAAUAUAAACUGGCAAUGUAAAAAUGUGAUUCUAAACGGAGCUACAUAACCCAUGUUCGAAUGUUAACGGCCUUAAAAUGUGUGAGAGAGAUAGUAGAUAUAAUUAAGCAAUAUGUAACUAUAUUCCAGAUUCAAAAUAACUACUAAAAAGGGGAAGAAUUAUACCGAAAUUUUUAGGCCUAUUUCCAUAAUCCAGGAUAAUUGAGGAAAAGUAUGCAUAAUCUUUCGAAAUUCAAAAUUUCUUCAAUUUAAUGGUUUAAACAAGGUCUACUAUCUCGCUCGCACAUUUUGAGUGCCACCUAGCAUAGUUUAUUUUAUAUUUUAGUGUUUAAUAUUUAUUGUUGUUACAUGAUGAGCUUACGUAUCACUCGUUUGAGCUUAUGCGAAGUCAUUAAAUUAUCCUAGUAUUUUAAGUUCAUAGAACAGUUAGGGUAGCUAUUCAAUGUACCACAGACUAAAGAUUGAUUGAAACUAGCUAUCUACCAUAGAUAUCAAUGUACCAUAGACUAAAGAUGGAUUGAAACUAACUAUGUAGCAUAGAUAUCAAUGUACCAUAGACUUGUAAAUAAUAGAAACAGUAGGUGUGGGGGAGGGAGAGGGAUAUACAGUAAAGAGGGAACGAGACAAGACAACACAACAUAGUAAGAUUUUCUAUAGACUAAAGAUUGAUUGAAACUAUUGAUGAAGGGAGGGAGAGGGAUAUAUUAUAACAGUAAAGAUGGAAAGAGACAGGACAACUCGAUACAGUCAGGCAUAUGACAACAUAGUAUGAAUAAAAUAAAUAUAACUAAAAAACUAAACGGAGUAUAUAAUAUUGAACUAUGAUACGGAUGAAAAAGUAGUUACAGGAUUUUUGGAUCUAUGGUACGUUGUUGAUCAACAAGUCCUGAUAGAGAAGUUGUUAGGAAUCUGAUCCUUCUAUAGUACGAUUAAGGUUCAGUUUCGUGUGACGUUUAAAAUUUGCUUGUGCUAUACAUCGCUUCGUAUAAGUUUAUUCUUUUCUACUGCGUUGGGAUAACCAUUUUUUAGAAUAAGGAAUAUAAUAACAGACGAAAGUUAUCCCUCUCGCUCUAGUAAAUGGCUAUUUUCAGUGGCAGAAAGAGAUAAAUAAUCGAGCUGUGACAUAAUAUUAUGAUUAAACAAAAUUGAAUCUUAAUAAUCUAAGCAGAUGGAUCAGAUUCCUAAAAUCGAUAGCGAUAUCCAGUGAAAUUUUUAUAUAAACAGAGUGAAUUUAAACUCACAGCAGAGAAUUUUGUGUGUUUAACAUGCAUUAUUAUAUGUAUAUAGUGCAAAACUAUCCAGAAUUAACCAAUAAGAUGAAAGGAUUAUGACGUCAAAGAUGAAUAAACCAAUAGGAAUGCUUAUCUCAUUGACGAAUAUUAUUGAAUUUACCAGUCUUAUAAAAGGCCUAUAUUUACAACGCUCUUAUUAUAAGUAGUACAAAGUUGAAAUUUGUGUCAUAUUGUGAGGAUCGCGUACACUAGUCAAAUAUAAAAAAUACCUAAUUUUUUGAGCUAAUAAUGAUUUUUAAAGGGUAGUAAUUUUCAAUAAAUUAAUACCUUAAAGUUUUGGACUAAAUGAUUUUUAAAGGCAAAAUGUAGUAGAAAGCUAAAUACAUAAUAUUAAUCGAACCUGUGUCCUUAGCUUUAAGUUGUUUCUGUUAUUUUGCGAUUUUUUGAGAGUAGAUACAAAAUAGUGAUGUUUUCUCUAUAUAUUUGGCUAGUGUGCGAAUCUCAUAUUAUAUUAUCAAGUAUUAUAUAAAUAUAUCGAAUAUUAUAAUAUAUUUCGUAUUAUAGAUAAACAAUAUAGAAUGCCAUAAUUAUGCUUUGAUGUUAUAAUUAUUUAUUAAUUAGUAUUGAAAGCGUCUUUUUCAUUCUUUUCGCUAUUUCAUCCCACUUUUCUUUUACACUUUUAAAAAAGUAUGUGAUUUAAUUUGGACGUAUAAUAUCUUUUGUCCUCUUUUACGGUAAUAGAGACAGAGAUAGCAAUAGCAUUGCUACUCUACUCAUUUAAAUUGGCAUAAACAAGGACAUAGAAUAUUGAACCUUAUUAUGUAUCAGUAAUAAGGCUUAUAUUAAAUUAGGAGCUUUAUGUUAUUUUUCGAACCUCAUAUUAACCGUUGCAUUUCUUCUGGUAUUUUUUUACUGAAUGACUGAAAAUUUGACCUCUUUAUUAUUUAAUUUCUAUCACGCAUUUGUAUGUUUUUAAUUUUAAUGGAAAAAAGGAACAUGCUGUAUACUGAAGUAAAAUCGUAUAAAAAACAUUAAGGUCGAGGGAAAGGUUUUUGGAUGAGGGUAGUUCGAUACGGUUGCUGAUUUGACCACGAUAAUAUUAUUUACCUUAAUAUAUGGUUCACGGUAUGUUUGGUGUUAAAAUAAGUGACGUAAGCAAUGUUUGCUGUUUUGACUUUCGAAUUUUUAUUGCUAAAUGUUCAGUCUUGCUCCAGACGUCGGAGAGACAAGACGUAUGCAAGCUUCCGUUUGUAAACAUUCUUUAAGUAUUAUUUUCUUAGUACUGAUCUAACGAUUAUCUUGAAUAUGUAUAGAAAUCUCAAUAAUUUACCAUAUGAUGUGAUAUUAUUUUAAUGAAUGCUUCCAACGCACAACCAUUUUAAAUUAAAUUGUAUGUAUAUUAUAGAUUCAGUAUUGUUAUUAAUAAAUAUGUCUUCAUAAUUAAUAAGUAACCCUUCCGACCACCAAAUUCUAUAGAUGUCAUAUUUCAAAUUGUUAUUAUAGGCCGUGGGUCAAAAUUUAUUAGAAACGUAUAGCGUAUAAGUUUGGAUUUUAAUGAAUGUAAAGGCGUUUACACACUAUCGAAUAAAAUGCACUUUACUGAGUAACCAAAUUGCUUUAAAAUUUCACUAAUUCUUGUUGUAUUUUAAAUUCUUAGGUGAUAGUGUGUGAUCCGCUUAAGGACCGGCACCAAAAUAUUACGUUUUUUGUGUUUUUUAAACCAUAUUUGUGAUACACACUGAAUACGUUUAACGUUAUUUGUAUUUCUCCUAUAUUUUAAUUUCUACUUUUUAUGUUAUCGAAAUAUUUUAUUUUAAUAAAUUAUAUAAUUUCUCAAAGACAUUUUAUUUUUCUUUUGAAUUUCACAUCACCAAUUUAAUUUAGUUUUUGUUUCAUAAGGUGCCGGCUUUUAGUGAAUUUAGUGAAUGUCUAGAAUGGUGCUUUUUUCGGUGUUGUAGUUGUAAUGUUGGAUUGAAUAUUGACAUGGGUGACGGCUCAGAAUACAUGUUAUAAACUGACUAGCUUUCCGCCCGCCGCUUCGCCCGCGUUUUCAAAGAAAAACCCGCAUAGUUCCUGUUCCCGUAGGUUUUCCGGGACGAAACCUAUCCUUUGUGUUAAUCCUAAUUAUUCUCUAUAUGUGUGCUAAAUUUCAUUAUAAUCGGUUGAGUAGUAAUUGCGUGAAAGAACAAAACGUACACUUAUAAUAUUAGUAGAACGUAGAAGCGGUCUAUGCGAACAAACUAGAAGUUCCAGCCGUACCGCAUUAUCUAUAUGAACAUUAUACACACACAAACAUAGUAACGUAUACAUUCACGUAUUCCGUAGUGAGACAAAGUUAGAAUAUACAUUUAAACCAUUAGCCGAAAAGAGAGCAACGUGACAGACUAAAUGCAACCAAGCUAAAUUAGCCGACUUCAAAACAUGUUUUUACGCGUAUGCCGCAGUUCAGUUUAUAUAUGUAUUCUAAGGGUGAAGGUAGUUGACGAAAAUGUAUCGUACAUUAUAAAGUACACUGUACACGGUUUAAAAAUGAUCUUAUUGUACAAUAUUUUGAGCUUGGAAGUUUUUUGUUUCAUUUAUUUUUAUGUAGGUAUUUAGAUUGCAAGAUAACUCAUGUCAAUAGAAGUAGCAAGAUUUAAAAUAGAGUUUUGUCUAAUAGAUUACGUAAUUAGAAAUAUAUUUUUAGGAAGAAAAAUGUAGGAUCGAAAAUUGGUCAACUGUAUUUGUCUGUAAAGACUGAAGAUAUUGAAAUAUCAAAUAAUAAUAUGUUAUUGACUAUAACAUUGUGCGCAGGAAUAAGGUCUUAUGAUAUUGAUGUCAAUUAUUUUCAUUAAUUAGCUUAUUAAGUCCAUUUGGUUAUUUGUUAUGCUUACGACAACCUUAAUAGGGGAUUGUUUCUCUAGUAGAAAUUGGAAAAACGAAUUGUUGUAUGACGAUACUAACGAUUUAUACGUAGUAACUCCAUCCGAUUUUAUAAUUCAAAGUGUACAUUCAAAUGUACACGUGAUGAUAAUUAUUUUAUUGCAUCAAAUACAUCUGACAUUAACGUGAAAAUCUAUUAGACAAGCUCUAUUUGAAAAUGUUUGAUCUGUUGCCGUUUUAGUCAGAACACGAUUCUUCCGUUUUUAACCGACUUCCAAAAAACGAGGAGCUAUGUUCCACUGUAUUUUUUCUUGUAUUUUCUUUUUUGAUACUUUUUAUCUGUUUACGCAUUCCGUUCUGUAUUUUUAUUUAUUAUUGUUUCAAAUAUUGCAGCUUUUUUGCCUGAACGAAGUCCAUUUUGUUAAUAAUUAUGGUAAAUAUUAGUUAAAAUAUUCACAAUAAAGGAAUAUUUUGUUGUAAAUUUUACUUUUUUCAGGCAAGAUUAAUUCGUGUAAUUUAAAAAUGUUAAAGAAACUCAUAAAUAUGUUUUAUUUUUCAUAUAUUCGUUGUAAAAUUGGCCUAAUCUAUGAUAAGCUACGCAUAUGCAAUUCGUGGAAUUGUAUAAAAAGAAGUAUUGUUUUCUUUUAAUCCGUUAAUAUUUACCUCUUUCAUGUUAAUAAUAUAGAUAAAUGCAAUGCUUUAUUAUUUAUUUUUGUGGAUGUUUUAAUAAAUACUAUUAUAAUAA